CUGUCUACUUCACACUGUCGUGGGCGCAGCCACCAGUAUGUGCAACCACGGGCCGAGGUCUUCGGGACUCAUAAGGUCACCUGCUUUCAAUUACUGGCAGUACUUCUAGGAUAUCCAGCUUGUCAGCGACAUCGUCUUAUCGCCUUCAGAUAACGCCGACUUUACGAACGGACACCACGCGAAUUAGUUAUACCAUGAGCAGACCAUUGAAAGCUACUGUCAACUGUGAUAUGGGGGAGGGCUUCUCCUUGUAUACCAUCGGAGACGACGAAGGUCUUAUGAAGACAAUCCAUUUGGCAAAUGUUGCCUGUGGAUUCCAUGCUUCCGACUUCUCGGUCAUGAACAAGACAGUUGCACUCGCCAAGUCUAACAACGUCCUUGUGGGGGCUCACCCUUCCUUGCCUGAUUUACAAGGUUUCGGGCGUCGCGAGAUGGCAAUUGAGCCGGACGAGCUAGAGUCCUGCUUCAUCUAUCAGGUAGGUGCAUUGGACGGGUUUUUGAAACGCUACGGGCUUCCCAUGAAUCACAUAAAACCCCACGGCUCUGUCUACGGUCAGACAGCACGCUCUAUCGACCUCGCACGGGCAGUUGUUGGUGUCACCAAAAUCUUCAAAUCUAGCGCGGCCAGUCCUCAAGGUGUAGCCUUUAUGGGGCUCGCUGGAACAGCUCACCAACAAGCUGCAGAAGAACUGGGCGUGCCGUUCAUUGCAGAGUGGUUUGCUGACCUUGACUACAGUGAUGAGGGGAAAUUGUUGAUAACGAAGAAGCAUGAUCCAGUACCCAUUGAAGUCGUGCGCCAACGAGUAACAAACCUUCUGAGGUUCCAUAAAGUUUCUACGGUCGGAGGCAAGCAGCUCGACAUCGGAGCAAACAUCGCUGAGGUCUCCAUAUGCUGCCAUUCUGAUACUCCAGGGGCGGUGGAAAUCGCCCAAGCAGUGAAGUCUUUGGUAGACGAAAGCAACACAGAGGCGGGCUAUGUGUGAACGGAGGAAUAUGAGUAAAGAGGUCCCAGUCCGAGACUCCGCACUUAAAGACUAAUAUGUAUUGCAAGUUGUAUUAGCAAAGCCUUGGUAGCUUUCAAAGACGAAUCACAUCCCAACAGCAUCCACAUAGUUUAGUCUGAUUAAG